UUUUGCUCUUCUCCUUCAGCUCCUCUGCACUGCGCUCUGCUAAACAGAUUUUCAUUCUUUUUUCUCUUGUUAGGUAAAGCUGAGAUAGGUUUUAGAAGAUAUUCUCUGAAUCUCAAAACUACUGAAGAUUUAUCAGUGUUUGAUUAAAAAGAUGGACGAUGGUGAUAACAAAAGAAAAAAAAACAUGAUGGAAGAUGAUAUGUUCUCUUACGGUGGUGGUGGAAACAGAAAGAAAUCAAAAAAGAUAGAAAAACCUCCACAAAUUAGUAAGUUGACGAAGUCAGACGAGUGUUAUCCCACAGAUAUCCCGGCAAACAUUAAAAACAUAGAUCUGGAUUGGUGUAAUGUGGAGGGCGUGAUGAGAGAAGUAAUCGACCAAGGAGACCGACGUGUUUGUUGGACCAUUCCACCAACAAGAAGUUUGUCUGCGCGUCUUGUAAUCGACAAGAGAUUUCUACCUCCGGUGUGUUUAUCAGCGCUCCAUUUACUUGUUGGUCUCAUUGACAAAGUAGACUCUACAGGCGGACUCAAUAAUUUAGAACACUUGCGAAAGUUUAUGAUCGAUCAUGGUACUGUUUCGGAAGAAGAAUGUGGCUGUCCUCAGUUAGCAUUGAAAAUGAAAAAUGAUGCCUCUAAAUCCGAUCCGGUUUUGUGUACCGAAAAAGGCAAAUCCAUGCAUAAUCGCACAUUUAAAGUCGAAGAUUUAAUCAUUCUGGACAAAGUAGAUGAAGGAAAACUUAUACAAUUGGUCACCAAGGGCCCUGUUGCUGUUUCUAUCGAUGUUCACAGAAAAUUCUCGAAAUUCAAAGGGGAUGGAAUAUAUGAAGGACCUAAGAAAGGGAGCCGCAAGCAAGACCAACAUAUGUUGUUAGUGUAUGGCUACGGAACAAAACUGCCUGAAGGGAUUCAUUUCUGGAGAACGCAAAAUUCAGCAGGUACUAAAUGGGGGAACAAUGGGUAUGGAAAAAUCAUACGAAAAAUCAGUCGCCCUGCAGGAGAACCGUCUCUAUUUACCUGCAUUCUUUACCCUGCGCUUCUGGAUCUAUAUGAAGGGGAAAUAGAAGACGCCUGAGAAAGUGAUUCAAGGGUUCAAAGAUGGGAGUAACAACAGAACUUCUUUUAGUUGCUAAUAUUUGUUUGUUUUAGACAUUGUUACUGU